AUGGCUGAAGAAUCAAAAGCUGAAGGAAAUACCUCUUAUGGGCAAUGCUAUUUAGAUGCUGCUGUACAAAUUCUCUAUAACACUGUUCCUUUUAGAAGCUCUUUUCCAACCUCAAAACAUCUAUCAAAUGAAGUAUCUCAAGAGCUUCAUAGGAUUUUUAUUAAGAUGAGAAAUGGAAAUAAAGACUUUUGCAGUUCAGCAAGCCUUAAGAAAGCAUUAAUUAGCAGGUAUGGUAAAGUAUUUGAUAAUGAAAAAGGCUAUGAGCCUGCAAGCACAAUUACUUAUAUGCUACGGUCUCUCUAUAAAGAUCGAAAAACAGAAAUUAAAACCUACCAAGAAAUGGCUCAUGCUAAAUUUGGGAACUGGCCAAAAGGUAUGAAUAUUAAUGACAGUUUAAUUAAAGUAUGGGGCUUUGAGUACUUUUUACAUUAUGACGCAGAACCAGGAGUAUUUUCUUUAAAAAUUCUGCCAAAAUCAGUAUCAUGGAUCAGCCAUGAAAAACAAUUUUCUGUAAAAACUGAUAAUUUCCCUGAAAUUGUCAUGAUUGAAGGGAAAAUGAACACAAACGAGGAUAUGUGAGAAAGUGUUUUAAAUAGCGAAAAAGAAUGAUACUCAAAAGAGCAUAAAGGUUUUUAUAAGCUAACUGGAGUGAUAUUUUACACAAAGCAGCAUUUUCUAGCAGCUUAUUAUUCAGAAGACAGGAAAAAAUGAACCAAAAUAGAUAAUCGAGAUCUUGAAGAAACUGAUGAAUUUUUAGAUUUUUUGAAGGAUGAUAGUCUUAAGCCAAUAUUCCUUAUUUUUACAUGGACUGCAAAAGCUGUUGAACCUGAUGAAACUCUACCAAAUGAAAUUUCAGAAGAGUUGACAAAGCAGGAUUCAUUUCUUACAAUCGAUUUCGUGCGGCCUGACAAAGAGCAGCUCUCUAUCGAAGAACCAAAUAUAGAGCUGCUUUCGGCCGAGCAACCAACUACAGAGCAGCCAUCUAUUGGGCAGCAAGAUGUGGAGGAAGUUCAUCAGCAGCCAAAUAUAGAGGAGCCUUCUAUUGAGCAGCAAGGUACAGAACAGCAGUUAAUCGAUUCAUCACAUAUAGAGGAGGCUUCUAUUGAGCAAGUAGCUACAGAGCAACAAGGUGCAGAACAGCAGCUGAUUGAUUCAUCACAUAUAGAGGAGGCUUCUAUUGAGCAAGCAACUAUAGAGCAGCAAUCUAUUGAGCAAUCACUCAUAGAGAAGCCUCCUACAGAGCAAUCAACCAUAGAGAACCAAUCCAUUAUCGAGCAGACAAAUAUAGAGGAGGAGUCUUCUAUCGAGCAAGCAGCUAUAGAGCAACCAUAUAUUGAUAAACCAAGUAUAGAGAGGCCUCUUAUUAAGGAAGCCAAUAUAGAAGAAGUUCCUAUUGAGCAGUCAAGUACAAUACAGGAGCCUUCUAUCGAACAAUUAACUAUAGAGCAACCAUAUAUUGAUAAACCAAGCAUAGAGGAGCCUCUUAUUAAGGAAGCCAACAUAGAAGAAGUUCCUAUUGAGCAGUCAGAUAUAAUACAGGAGCCUUCUGUCGAGCAACUAGCAAUAGAGCAAUCAUAUAUUGAUAAACCAAGUAUAGAGGAGCCUCUUAUUAAGGAAGCUAACAUAGAAGAAGUUCCUAUUGAGCAGCCAGGUAUAAUACAACCUGAAACAGAACCUUUUUAUGGUGAGUCUUAUAUCGAGACUAUUAAUGAGCCUCCUUUUAAUGGCAAUUCGCGCAUAGAAGAAUCAUACCAAUAUGAUGAGCCAUCAUAUUUAUUUUUAAUUGAGAACUUAAAAGAAACAAAUACUCUUGAUCAAGAAAUAAGAUCUGAAGAUUUAAGAAGAAGGAUAAAUAGGACAAAUAUUGCUGAAUGCCAGCAAUGUGGAGCGCUCUAUCCAAUUUAUAUUGGAAAAUGCAUCAAAAAGAAUUGCCAGUAG